UGCACAUAUCUGGCACAAACGGUAUCCCGUCACGCCUGAGACUAUCUACGGCUGCAUUAGUUGGCCAUGUCACUCUGUACGUUUAGAAGGAUGAUUCGACUCGCUGCUGUCGCCUUAGUGCUCAUAGUUGCCAUCGGGGAGAGGGGAGUCGAUGCGGGAAAGCUAGUGGUGGCAGGAACGAGGUUCGCGGCGGAUUUCUCCUACCCAUGGAACCCGCAAGUUGAUUAUAACGCGUGGGCGAGCAACCACACGCUCUCUUCCACUGACGCCGUUGUCUUCGAGUACUCGCAGCAGGAGGCAGUGUAUUCGCUGCCGUCGUUCGACGACCUCACCGCGUGUAACUUCUCGCGAGCGAGCCUCGUCUGCUCGCCGGAAAAGGGCACCGAUCGCGCGUGCGUGGUGCCGGUGACUCCAGCGCCGCGCUAUCUGACGUCAGUGGAGGAACACUGCCAGCAGGGCCAGCAGGUUGUGAUCCAGGCGGCGUCCCUCGCGACGGCGACCACGUUCGCGCGGCGGAAGCGGGUGUUCCCCCAUCUGCCCGAGGGCCUCCCCAUCGACUUCGCCGUGGGCGGCAGCAGCGGGCUGGGCGCGCCCCCCCUGUUCGUGCCGCAGGCGUCGGGCAGCGGGUCCGGCAGCGGCGGCGGCGGCAAGACGAUUGUGGUGGGGCUGCCGAAGGGCGACUUCACGUACCCGUUCAACCCCGCCGUCGACUACAUCGCGUGGGCCGCCAACACCAAGAUCUACCGCGGCGACGUCAUCACGUUCAAGUAUCCGAUGUACCAGCAGGAGGUGGUGCGCUUCACGUCUCUUAACGCGUACAAGACGUGCAACUACAACAGCGCCACCAUCGUGUGCUACGACGUGUGGGGCGCAUUUGCUAAGGGCUGCACCAUCAAGGUGGACAACCAGACGGCCUACUACGGCUCGGGCCUCUACAGCCACUGCCGCGCCGGCAUGAAGUUCACGGUGCGCCCCAAGGCCGUGCCGUACGUGCCGCGCAAGCUGGUGGUGGGCGAGCCGCUGGCGCAGUACAACCCGGCCGGGUCCUCCUUCACAUACCCCUGGAACCCGCGCUCCGACAUGGCAGCGUGGACCGCCGCCACCAAGAUCUACAAGGGCGACAGGCUGGUGUUCAAGUACCCCAGGAACGCCAACACGGUGUACCAGGUGCCCACGCUGGCGGACUACCGCACGUGCAACUACAAGAGCUACAUCGCGUCGUGCGGCGCAGAGGACGGUGUGGGCGUGGGGUGCGAGACGAACCCCAUCACCACCACCUCCUACUUCAUCGCCUCCACCUACGGCAACUGCAUGCGCGGCCAACGGGUCAUUGCCAAGCCCUUACCACCUCCUUCCUAAGGAAAUGCCAGCAGUAUUUUGCAGGCUGAGGUAACUAGCAUGUGCCAAACUUCCCCUAGAAUAACAAUUGCUAAAUGAUUCAGUUGAUCUUGGAGAACUCUGUAGAAUAAUGUUUCUAAGCAAUGAAACAUCUGAUUGUGUUGCUCUACAGUGUUGCCUAGUGAUUGUGGGCGUUAGGACAGUGGGCUGUUGAAGUGUGCUCGGUAGAGUUACCACCAUUUAUGCAAUCAUGAUAUUAUA